CGGCGUCGCAGCGUCAUGACGUCACGUUGCCCUAGAAACAGAAGCGCGUCCAGCUAAGAGCUAGCCGCGCUAGCUGGAAAACGCUGUGUGUUUGUGUUUGUGGCUUCGUCGCGUUUUUAAAUCAACGUUUGAACGUUGACGAGUCAACGGACCGGUUGUUUAACGGGUCAACGUCACUUUUAACCGCAGGUAACGUUUUCUAACUGUCAGCUGAAGAGAGAAACGAGGCUCGUGCUGGGUUUGCAGGCGUGUUAGCAGGUGUUAUGCUAAAAUCUGUCAGCGUUCAGAUUCUGUGACGCUGGGAGAGGAAGUCCAGGAAGAAGAGCCAGAAUAUCGACAGGCUGUUAGCAGGGAGGAUGGAGGCGGUGCAGGAGGAGGAGGAGGCUGUGGUGUCGGAGCUGAAGGAGCGUCUGGAGGCUGGAGACCUGAACCCGGAGCAGAAACUCAACCUGCUCAACACCGGGAUUAACAAGGCUCUGAACAUGGCGGCGGUGCAGCCAGACAGCAGCGCGUUGAUUCGUGUGAAGUCUCGGUUGUAUCACAGCGGCGUCCUGAGUCACUGCGUCCUCACCCUCUCUCUGGAUCCCAGGAAGCUGAGGGGCAACUGGACCGCCGCCGCCACACUCGCCCAGCUCACCAGUUCCUGCUGCGUCGGGGUCGACCCCGGCGAACGCUCGAAGGCCUUUCACAGGCUGUUCCUGCCCUCAGUCAUGGACGGCCUCCUCUCAUUGGCCAGCCAGCUGAUGAGGCGUUCAGAGUGUCUGUCUGUGUUCAGGAAGGUGAUGGACUCAGCGGGCUGGCUGCUCAGAGCUCACACUCAGCUCACCACACAGGUCCUCAGCUCCGUCCACUACGAGCAGAUCCAGAUGUGCGAUGAAGCGACUGUGUCUCUGCUCUGCGUCCAGCUGUGGAUUCAAACCUGCACCACCACCAGGGACUUCCUGUCCAGACUGAGCGAUGACUCUGUCCUGUUGCUGCUCAACGACGUCGUCGGCCAAUUAGCUGUCAGCUCUGACUCCGCAGUGGGCGUGGCUUCUGUCAGGCUCAUCCUCCUCAUGGCCAAUCAGCUGCAGCUGCGGCUCCAGCCCCUCCUCCUUAGGUUCAGAGGUCUGGACAGCCUCCUGGACAAAGACUGGAGGGGGCAGGGCUUCGACCAGGAAGUGGACCAGCUGAUCUCACUCAUCCAAUCAGGCAGAGGCAGGAUGAGCCCAUCUCAGGUGAGUACUGAGCAUGUGCGAGCAGCCUGUACGAUCCAGGCGGCGUGGAGGUCGUAUCAGACCAGACGCAGAGUGAAGAGUCUGAACAGAGCUGUCAGUGCUCUACAGAGGAGAUACAGGGCUCGGAGGAGGCAGCAGCAGCAACAGAAGGAGGCGCAGCAGUGGGAGGAGGAGCUGAAGUACCAGGUGUGUGUGAGGCGUCAGCAGGCGAGGAGGGCGUUCCACCAGAAACAGAGGGAGCUGCUGCAGCUGCUGCCUCCAGACCAGGUGCAGUCGUACCUGCAGGAGUGCGAGCGUCGUGCGGCUGUGGUGAUCCAGAGCUUCUGGAGAGGCUUCAGAGAGCGGCGACGCUACAACAACACACACCGACACACACUGAGACACAGACGCAGGCAGGAGGACGCCGCCAGGACGCUGCAGAGAGCGGUGCGCCGCUUUCUGCAGAGACGACGAGCAGUGAAGGCCACGCCCACCACGCCUUUCUGGUUUGGUCAGAAAGGUUUGACGGACAGCAGGAGGGCGGAGCUAAAGAAACAGGUGGAGGACUACGUCUCUGUGCAUCGUUCGAGCCGAGUGUCUCCUGAGGAGUGUCAGCGCCUCCAUGAGGAGGUGCAGCUGCUGCUGCUGUCAGAGCUGCAGAGAGGGGAGCAGAGGAGGAGGGAGGAGCAGAGGGCGGAGGCUCUGCUGGCUCACACACACACUCAGCUGGAGCUGCUCAGAGAUGCCCCGCCCCUCUCCGUCAUCACGGCAACGGACGCCGAGUCCUUCCUGAGCCCCUCGGGUCCAGUCGCCGCCCGAGCCCGCGACGCCCACAACGCCACUCUGCAGGCGAGCCGUCUGCCGUGGUGGAGGACACUGGGAGCGCCAGACGACGCGUUUAACCCCGCCCACCUGCAGGAGGAGGAGGCGGAGCUCGGAGGGCUGUUUGUUGGAGGGUCGACGGGGGCGAGGAAACUCACCGAGGUGGAUGGACUGAACCUGUAGAGACUGUAGAGUCCAGCAGCCAUUUUGAUUGAUUUUUAUUCUCACACCAAAUCUCAGAUCAAAGUUUCUCUGAGGCUGAAAACUUUUAAAAUUAGUUUGGUAUUUUUCUGAUUCAGGACUUCACAGGUUUCCUCUCUGUUGUAGUAACGAGCUGUAAACAGCAGAGGGAGCUGUUUCCUCACAGCAGUGAUAGGAGGAGAGGGAGGAGGGUUUGUGUUUGUUGAUGUGCAGACGGGUGAAAUGUAAAAUGUAAAACUUCACUCUGAUGUUUUCGAGUCAUUAAAGUCUCUCUCUGGAUUAAAA